CCUGCGCCUGGCUAAAGCUUGCUUGCUGCUCGACCUCUCUCUUGCUCCUCCAUAAUCACCACCCACCUACCACUAGCUACCAGCAUGGCCUCCCUCUCCUCUGCCGCCGUGACCGCCCCUUCCUUCGCCGCUGCCCGGCCCGCCCGCGCCGCCGUUGCCAGCCGACGGUCGUCUGUGGUGGUGCGCGCCUCGCUCGGCAAGGCCGCCGGCACCGCCGCCGUGGCCGUGGCUGCCAGCGCCCUGCUUGCCGGCGGCGCCAUGGCCCAGGAGGUGCUCCUGGGCGCCAACGGAGGCGUGCUCGUCUUCGAGCCCAGCGAGUUCUCCGUCAAGGCCGGCGACACCAUCACCUUCAAGAACAACGCCGGCUACCCGCACAACGUGGUCUUCGACGAGGACGAGGUGCCCAGCGGGGUGGACGCCGCCAAGAUCUCGCAGGAGGAGUACCUCAACGCGCCGGGGGAGACCUACUCCGUCACCCUCACCGUGCCGGGAACCUACAGCUUCUACUGCGAGCCGCACCAAGGAGCAGGGAUGGUCGGCAAGGUCACCGUCAACUAAGCAAUCCAUUGUUCGUUCAUCAUCCAGGAUACUGUACUACUGUACCAUGAGAAGCGAGAGCUUGAGCCUAGCUUGCCAUCUCCAAUAUGAUUCUCCUCCAUCCUCGAUCCAUCGUCUCUUGGCAUUUGCUGCUGCCAUGUACUAAAUCGCAUGCAUGCGUCCACCAUAUAUCAUCAUCUUCUUUCUACUUCAUCCUUACUCCUUUUCUUUAGCGAAUUAAAUUUGUAUUUCUCAUAUGGGUAUGCAUAUGUUUGUGCUGUGUAUGUCAUUUCUAGAGAUUAUAUAUAUCGUUUUUAUUCCUUU